CGCGUCGUAUUGUCGUCACUCAGAAAUGCAUCAGACGCAUUCUCGUCCUAUCGGACCACGUACCCUUCCCCGGUCACAAUCGCCACUACCACCGCUCAUCCUAACAGAGACUCGUCCAUUGGCAAUUCGCAAAAUAUCUCAUGAUCAGCCAGCUUUACACCCUUCAUCUGCUUCAUCAUCUCCCCCAUUGGGCUCUUCUCCAGGUCCAUCGCGUCCUCAGAUUCCUGGAGCUCUCAGUUCAGGCCCGAGGCCUAACCAAAGACCUAAGCUUCAUCUACCACUCGCACUGGAUAGUGGUACCAGCAGUGCAGGUUAUUAUGAAGGUCCUGCACACAUUCCACCUGGAUUGGAUGGUGAGAACCCAGGCGGCGUAACAGUUCGGCCGUACUUGACUGUGCAAACACCACGUCCUCCCGAGCCUAUCGACAGUAGCGAUAACAGCAUUGCUCAGCUAAUUGCUGAAUUUGACAAGACCACCAUCGAGUCCUACACCUAUACACCUACGGAAGAGACAUCAACCAAUUAUGGUUCUAAUAAAUGGUCGGACAGUGUUUUAGAAGUCCUCUCACGACUUGGCGAAGGUCAGGGUGGAGCUGUCCAUAAAGUCAGAGAUCGGCGUAACAACUUCAUCUUGGCCCGCAAGACAAUUACUACUCGCGAGGCGCCUUUAAGACAGCUCGAACGCGAGCUGUCAAUCUCUGCGACGUCCAAACACCACAACAUAAUUCGUUUUCAUGGCGCCUAUAUGUCACCAUCGUCUAGUGAAGUCAAAGUUAUGAUGGAAUAUUGCGCUGGCCGCAGCUUGGAAGCCGUUGGAAAGCGAAUCAAAGAGAAGAAUGCGCGGAUCAGCGAAAAAGUCGCUGGACGUAUAGCCGAAGGGGUUCUGCAAGGCCUGAAUUAUCUUCAUUCACUCAAAACCAUUCAUCGGGACAUCAAACCAUCCAAUAUCCUGCUAACUGGUGAAGGUGUCGUUCGUCUUUGUGAUUUCGGUGUCUCCGGAGAGCUUGUCCGCUCUAUGGCCGGAACCUUCACUGGCACUAGUUUCUACAUGGCUCCGGAGCGCAUCAGCGGAAAGGAAUAUAGCAUCCGAGCUGAUGUGUGGUCCACUGGAAUCACCCUUUUGGAACUUGUACAGAAUCGAUACCCAUUUCCCGAAGACCUUACUUCCAUUGAACUGAUUGUCUAUAUUACCCAGGGACAGCCACCUCAACUGACCGAUGAGGAAGGUGACAACAUUGUAUGGAGUGAUGAGAUGAAAGAUUUUAUUCGAAAGACUUUGAUUAUUGACCAUCAAACUCGUCCUACACCGGGAGGAAUGUUGUCUCAUCCUUGGAUAACCACCAUCAUGAAGCGAGAGGUGCCUAUGGCUCGCUGGAUCAGUCAAGUUUGGGACUGGCCUAAACCAUCUAGAGAAACCAAUUCGAGGCCGCCUUCAAGCCGCGGUGCUGUCGACAGAACACCAUAGAUUCCUUAUUUUCACUCAAAAUGUUUCGUUGUCAUCCUGAUAUAUCUUGUUUCUUCAUCGCAUCCCCUUUGUCACUGUGCCUAUUUUGUACACACCACUUGCACUGCUCUCUGUACAUCUUUCCAUCAUACGGCUACUAUACCAUCGCACAGCACAGAAAGGAACGGACGCCGAUUACAUGCUUGACUGAUGUUGUAUAUCUGUGUUAUUAAUUCAUGUGCACAUCAUAGCUUGUUUGACGUGCUGCAUAUUAGCUGGACUAUGACUAGUACUCCUGGUUCCCGACUCCCA